AUAUAUGAUUUCAUUUUCUUGAAAGACGCACGUUCAGCAUAAUGACUUUCAUUUUCCCCGUCGAUUACAUCUCACCUCACCACCUCAAUUUUUUUGUGAUCCUCCGAUACCCUUUUUUCCCUAAAAUAUCUUGAUCGCAUAAUCUGCCUUUUUUCGCCAUUCGUUCUGUGGUCAAUUUUCUGCUCUACUGCCAACCUUUCCUAGCUUCAAAUUCUCAAUGUGUUAGUUCUUUUGGUAGCACCUCCUGUUAGUAUGUUCCUCCUGCGGGUCCUCUCUUUCUGACAACCACCAUUUUUUUUUCUUCUCCUUUUUCUCCCCCUUUUUUUUGCUUUGAACGUUUCCCAUGUGCUUUUCAUAGUUCUUGUUUUCGCUUUCCGAGAUUUCAUUACUGCCUUUUCUGCCACCCUUUUCUUAGUUCCUCCGCACAGAUUCUCCAAUUGGCUUCUCUUUCUUAUUAAUCGUUUUUUUUUAUUCUGGAUUCCAUCUUUUUAAGAUUUCAUCGCCUUCAUCUUUUUUGAAGAAUCCUUGCAGAUAAUUCCCUAUUUGAUUUUUCUUCUGCUCUUUCCGGAUCCUUGGUUCCAGGUUUGUUGGUAAUUAACAAGCAUGGCGAAUUUUGGGAGCUUCUCCUUGGUUGAAGGCAUGGAAGGUUCCAUCCUUUCCACCCGCUUUUCUUCUUUGUUUCCAUGCCAGAUUCUUCAAUGUCGAAGCCGAAGAUGCACUGGUUCCAUGAAAAAUGUGGUCUUUGGAAAUGAAACUAAUCUGGGUGUCUUGAGUGGGAAGAGGGUCUUGCGUGUUUCUGCAAGGUUGGAUUUUGGGUAUUGCAAGGGGAAGUCAAGGAAAAGCAAGGGGCGGAAUGGAUACCCUGAAGUGAAGUCGAUAGCAAGAAGCUGGGAAGAAGGAGGAGAGAAUGAAAGCAGUGCGGAUGAGGCUCUGCGUUCCACCAUCGAGAAGAGUAAGAAGGUCUUGGCCAUGCAGAAUGACCUGCUUAAGCAGAUUGCAGAAAAAAGGGAACUUGUUUCAUCUAUCAAACAGACUAUGUUUCAUCCUGAGCAAGAAUUUUCUAAUUCCAUUAAGUUGAAUAAUUCUGUAUCAAGUAUGGAAGUUUCGGAAGAGGACAGGGAGCAGGGAGCCGUUGAUAGAGAAUUUGGUGGUGGGAUCGUUCGGGAUAAGUUUGACCGGUCAGCUUCGGUUGCAGAUCCAACAUAUUCUGGUAAUGAUGAUGAUGAUGUUGAAGAAGAACCUAAAACAGAUAUUCAGUAUAAACCUUUUAAUGCACAAACAGAUUUGAAAGGAGAGUUUGGAGAAACUAGUUUAACUUCAGAGAAUGGCUUUGCUCAAGAACCUAGAAGGAUUGAAAAUUUUUCAUCAUUUUCUGUCAAAGCCGAUCUGGGAGAAGUAGAACAACUAAGAGAACAUAUGCCAACUCCAGAACCUGCUGUAUUGCCACCUUUUCUUACUGAACGAAUUAAAGGUUAUGAUGUGAAGGGUGAUGAGGUUUUUGAGUCGGAUGGUUCAGUUUAUCUAAUGGAUGAGAUUAUUGAAGAGCCUGAAAUGCUGCCUGACGAAGAAGAUGUAAAACUUCCUCCAUUGGCUGGGGCCAAUGUGAUGAAUGUCAUACUCAUAUCUGCAGAAUGUGCCCCAUGGUCGAAAACUGGUGGGUUGGCAGAUGUAGCUGGUGCUUUACCUAAGGCUCUGGCUCGGCGUGGCCAUAGAGUUAUGGUUGUGGCACCAAGAUAUGGCGAUUACCAUGAAGCAAAAUAUGUUGGUGUAAACAAAAGAAUCAAUGUGGGUGGACAGGACGUUGAAAUAGGCUACUACCAUGCCUAUAUUGAUGGGGUUGAUUUUGUAUUUAUUGAUAAUCAUAUGUUCCGCCACAGCGAAAAGGAUAUUUAUGGUGGGGAUCACUUGGUGAUUUUGAAGCGCAUGAUUUUGUUCUGCAAAGCUGCAGUUGAGGUCCCUUGGCAUGUUCCUUGUGGUGGUGUGUGCUAUGGAGAUGGAAAUUUAGUGUUCAUUGCAAAUGAUUGGCAUACGGCAUUGCUGCCAGUUUAUCUGAAGGCAUAUUAUCGUGACCAUGGUUUAAUGAAAUAUACCCGAUCUGUGCUUGUCAUUCACAAUAUUGCCCAUCAGGGGCGUGGUCCAGUGGAUGAUUUUUCUCUUACAGGACUGCCAGAUCACUAUCUUGAUCUUUUCAGACUUUAUGAUCCAGUUGGCGGUGAGCAUUUUAAUAUUUUUGCGGCUGGACUUAAAACAGCUGAUCGAGUUGUGACUGUUAGCCAUGGUUAUGCCUGGGAACUGAAAACAUCUGAAGGUGGCUGGGGCCUUCAUGAGAUAAUAAAGGAGAAUGAUUGGAAAUUGAGAGGCAUUGUCAAUGGUAUUGAUAUGAAUGAGUGGAACCCACAGUUGGAUGUUCACCUGCAAUCUGAUGGUUAUACAAAUUACUCCCUUGAAACCCUUAAAACUGGUAAACCACAGUGCAAAGCUGCUUUACAGAAGGAGCUGGGUUUGCCAGUUCGUGAUGAUGUCCCCCUUAUUGGUUUCAUUGGAAGACUAGACCACCAGAAAGGAGUGGACCUCAUUGCUGAGGCCAUGCCUUGGAUGGUCAGUCAGGAUCUGCAAUUGGUGAUGUUAGGUACUGGAAGAUCUGAUCUUGAAAACAUGCUGAGGCAAAUUGAAGGUCAACACCGUGAUAAAGUUCGUGGAUGGGUUGGUUUCUCUGUGAAAAUGGCACAUCGUAUAACUGCAGGUGCUGACGUCCUACUGAUGCCAUCAAGGUUUGAACCUUGUGGCUUGAAUCAGUUGUAUGCAAUGGUAUACGGCACAGUUCCUGUUGUUCAUGCUGUUGGCGGGUUGCGAGACACAGUACAAACCUUUGACCCAUUCAACGAGACUGGACUUGGAUGGACUUUUGAUAGAGCUGAAACCAGUAGGUUGAUACAUGCGCUAGGAAACUGCUUAUGGACUUACAGAGACUACAAGGACAGUUGGGAUGGAAUACAACGACGAGGAAUGAUGCAGGACCUCAGUUGGGAUCAUGCUGCUCAGUUAUAUGAAGAGGUUCUAGUUGCUGCUAAGUAUCAGUGGUGAUGCUUGAGACAGGGCAAAACAGUAAUGAUCUCAGUAAACCGUUCCUUCUGCUGAUGCCACAAGUAUGAUUGCAGUGAAAGCUUCUCUUUAAGCUUCUGAAAUCCAGCAUGAUGAGCUAGCAAGAUGUAUCUUUUGACCAACAACCCUUUCAAACCCUUGUCCCCCAAACCUGGCACUUCCAAUGAAGGAAAUUUUGUUUCCAAUGAAGACCACACGUGGCACUUAUUUGUACAUAAUUUGCAGUUUUAGAUAGGCCUGAGUGGGACCUGCCAAUGUUCUUGCAGUGCCAUCCGUUUGAGUACAUACAGUUGAGUUUCAAAAUGCGGAUUCAUUUUCCUGUUAAUAUAUAUCUUUGGUCAA